AUGCGUGUCGUAGAAGUGAAGCAUAGUAUAGUCAAUUCGGGAGAUGUACACACUGAGAACAUAGACGAUCCGAGAGAUAUACAAACUGAGAACAUAAACGAUCCGAGAGAUGUACAAAUUGAGAACAUAGACGAUCCGAGAGAUGUACACACUGAGAACAUAGACAAUCCGAGAGAUGUACAAACUGAGAACAUAAACGAUCCGAGAGAUGUUCAAACUGAGAACAUUGACAAUCCGAGAGAUGUACACACUGAGAACAUAAACGAUCCGAGAGAUGUACAAACUGAGAACAUAAACGAUCCGAGAGAUGUACAAACUGAGAACAUAGACAUUCCGAGAGAUGAACACACUGAGAACAUAGACGAUCCGAGAGAUGUACACACUGAGGACAUUGUCAAUUCGAGAGUUGUACAUACUGAGAACAUUGACAAUCCGAGAGAUGUACACACUGAGAACAUAGACAAUCUGAGAGAUUUGCACAGUGAGAACAUAGACACUCCGGGAGUUGUACACACUGAGAACAUAGACGAUCCGAGAGAUGUACAAACUGAGAACAUAAACGAUCCGAGAGUUGUAUACACAAUGAACAUAGACGAUCCGAGAGAUGUACACACUGAUAACAUAGACAAUCCGGAAGUUGUACACACUGAGAACAUAAACGAUCCGAGAGAUGUACACACUGAGAACAUAGGCAAUUCGAGAGAUGUACACACCGAGAACAUAGACGAUCCAAGAGUUGUACACACUGAGAACAUAGACGAUCCGAGAGAUGUACACACUGAGGACAUAGACGAUCCGAGAGAUGUACACACUGAGAACAUAGACACUCCGAGAGAUGUACAAACUGAGAACAUAAACGAUCCGAGAGAUGUACAAACUAAAAACAUAAACGAUCCGAGAGAUGUACAAACUGAGAACAGAAACGAUCCGAGAGAUGUACAAACUGAGACCAUAGACGAUCCGAGAGAUUUGUACAGUGAGAAUAUACACGAUCCGAGAGAUGUACACACUGAGAACAUAAACGAUCCGAGAGAUGUACAAACUGAGAACAUAAACGAUCCGAGAGAUGUACACACUGAGAACAUAGACGAUCCGAGAGAUGUACACACUGAGAACAUAGACGAUCCGAGAGAUGUACACACUGAGAACAUUGACAAUCCGAGAGAUGUACACACUGAGAACAUAGAUAAUUUGAGAGAUGUGCACAGUGAGAACAUAGACAAUCCGGGAGUUGAACACACUGAGAACAUAGACGAUCCAAGAGAUGCACAAACUGAGAACAUAAACGAUCCGAGAGUUGUAUACACAAUGAACAUAGACGAUCCGAGAGAUGUACACACUGAUAACAUAGAGAAUCCGGAAGUUGUACACACUGAGAACAUAAACGAUCCGAGAGAUGUACACACUGAGAAAAUAAACGAUCCAAGAGAUGUACACACUGAGAACAUAAACGAUCCGAGAGAUGUACACACUGAGAACAUAGACGAUCCGAGAGAUGUACACACUGAUAACAUAGACAAUCCGAAAGUUGUACACACUGAGAACAUAAACGAUCCAGUUGUACACACUGAGAACAUAGACGAUCCGAGAGAUGUACACACUGAGGACAUAGACGAUCCGAGAGAUGUACACACUGAGAACAUAGACACUCCGAGAGAUGUACAAACUGAGAACAUAAACGAUCCGAGAGAUGUACAAACUGAAAACAUAAACGAUCCGAGAGAUGUACAAACUGAGAACAUAAACGAUCCGAGAGAUGUACAAACUGAGAACAUAGACGAUCCGAGAGAUUUGUACAGUGAGAAUAUACACGAUCCGAGAGAUGUACACACUGAGAACAUAAACGAUCCGAGAGAUGUACAAACUGAGAACAUAAACGAUCCGAGAGAUGUACAAACUGAGAACAUAGACGAUCCGAGAGAUGUACACACUGAGAACAUAGACGAUCCGAGAGAUGUACACACUGAGAACAUUGUCAAUUUGAGAGUUGUACACACUGAGAACAUUGACAAUCCGAGAGAUGUACACACUGAGAACAUAGAUAAUUUGAGAGAUGUGCACAGUGAGAACAUAAACAAUUCGGGAGUUGAACACACUGAGAACAUAGACGAUCCGAGAGAUGUACAAACUGAGAACAUAAACGAUCCGAGAGUUGUAUACACAAUGAACAUAGACGAUCCGAGAGAUGUACACACUGAUAACAUAGACAAUCCGGAAGUUGUACACACUGAGAACAUAAACGAUCAGAGAGAUGUACAUACUGAGAAAAUAAACGAUCCAAGAGAUGUACACACUGAGAACAUAGACGAUCCAAGAGAUGUACACACUGAGAACAUAGACGAUCCGAUAGAUGUACACCCUGAGGACGAUCCAAGAGAUGUACACACUGAGAAAAUAGACGAUCCGAGAGAUGUACAAACUGAGAACAUGGACGUUCCGAGAGAUGUACACACUGAGAACAUAGACAAUCCGAGAGAUAUACACACUGAGAAAAUAGACGAUCCAAGAGAUGUAGACACUGAGAACAUAGACGAUCCGAGAGAUGUACACACUGAGAACAUAGACAAUCCGAGAGAUGUACACACUGAGAACAUAGACGAUCCAAGAGAUGUACACACUGAGAACAUAGACGAUCCAAGAGAUGUAAACACUGAGAACAUAGACACUCCGAGAGAUGUACAAACUGAGAACAUAAACGAUCCGAGAGAUGUACAAACUAAAAACAUAAACGAUCCGAGAGAUGUACAAACUGAGAACAGAAACGAUCCGAGAGAUGUACAAACUGAGACCAUAGACGAUCCGAGAGAUUUGUACAGUGAGAAUAUACACGAUCCGAGAGAUGUACACACUGAGAACAUAAACGAUCCGAGAGAUGUACAAACUGAGAACAUAAACGAUCCGAGAGAUGUACAAACUGAGAACAUAGACGAUCCGAGAGAUGUACACACUGAGAACAUAGACGAUCCGAGAGAUGUACACACUGAGAACAUUGACAAUCCGAGAGAUGUACACACUGAGAACAUAGAUAAUUUGAGAGAUGUGCACAGUGAGAACAUAGACAAUCCGGGAGUUGAACACACUGAGAACAUAGACGAUCCAAGAGAUGCACAAACUGAGAACAUAAACGAUCCGAGAAACAUAAACGAUCCGAGAGAUGUACACACUGAGAAAAUAAACGAUCCAAGAGAUGUACACACUGAGAACAUAAACGAUCCGAGAGAUGUACACACUGAGAACAUAGACGAUCCGAGAGAUGUACACACUGCUAACAUAGACAAUCCGAAAGUUGUACACACUGAGAACAUAAACGAUCCGAGAGAUGUACACACUGAGAACAUAGACAAUUCGAGAGAUGUACACACCGAGAACAUAUACGAUCCGAGAGUUGUAAACACUGAGAACAUAGACGAUCCGAGAGAUGUACACACUGAGAACAUAAACGAUCCAAGAGUUGUACACACUGAGAACAUAGACGAUCCGAGAGAUGUACACACUGAGGACAUAGACGAUCCGAGAGAUGUACACACUGAGAACAUAGACACUCCGAGAGAUGUACAAACUGAGAACAUAAACGAUCCGAGAGAUGUACAAACUGAGAACAUAAACGAUCCGAGAGAUGUACAAACUGAGAACAUAAACGAUCCGAGAGAUGUACAAACUGAGAACAUAGACGAUCCGAGAGAUUUGUGCAGUGAGAAUAUACACGAUCCGAGAGAUGUACACACUGAGAACAUAAACGAUCCGAGAGAUGUACAAACUGAGAACAUAAACGAUCCGAGAGAUGUACAAACUGAGAACAUAGACGAUCCGAGAGAUGUACACACUGAGAACAUAGACGAUCAUAGAGAUGUACACACUGAGAACAUUGUCAAUUUGAGAGUUGUACACACUGAGAACAUUGACAAUCCGAGAGAUGUACACACUGAGAACAUAGAUAAUUUGAGAGAUGUGCACAGUGAGAACAUAGACAAUCCGGGAGUUGAACACACUGAGAACAUAGACGAUCCGAGAGAUGUACAAACUGAGAACAUAAACGAUCCGAGAGUUGUAUACACAAUGAACAUAGACGAUCCGAGAGAUGUACACACUGAUAACAUAGACAAUCCGGAAGUUGUACACACUGAGAACAUAAACGAUCCGAGAGAUGUACACACUGAGAACAUAAACGAUCCAAGAGAUGUACACACUGAGAACAUAGACGAUCCAAGAGAUGUACACACUGAGAACAUAGACGAUCCGAUAGAUGUACACCCUGAGGACGAUCCAAGAGAUGUACACACUGAGAAAAUAGACGAUCCGAGAGAUGUACAAACUGAGAACAUAGACGAUCCGAGAGAUGUACACACUGAGAACAUAGACAAUCCGAGAGAUGUACACACUGAGAAAAUAGACGAUCCAAGAGAUGUACACACUGAGAACAUAGACGAUCCGAGAGAUGUACACACUGAGAACAUAGACAAUCCGAGAGAUGUACACACUGAGAACAUAGACGAUCCAAGAGAUGUACACACUGAGAACAUAGACGAUCCAAGAGAUGUAAACACUGAGAACAUAGACGAUCCGAGAGAUUUCAUGUGA